AGGACGCCGGAGUUCUCCAACUGUGGAAACUUGAAUUUAUUAUCCCACAUGUCCUCCGACCAAGACCUGAGCUUUGUUGCAACAGGUAGAAGACAAAGGUCUCACUCCUAUGACAGCGUAGAGGGCAGUAGGACCAACGGUUUACCAGUGCAGACAGCAGAAACCAUUCUAAGGCCUCGCUCCCGGUUCAGUCCUCUGAGACAGAGAACAAGCUCCCAUUUGAAAAAUCAAGUGUCCAAAAAGGAGAAUAUGUCUGGGGAUCGGUCCGGUGGUAAAACCAAACCAAACAAACUCAGUGGCAGUAAAGGUAGUGCCAGGUCAGUGUCCAUGAUGACCAUCUCUGAGUCGGACAACUGGGAGAUAUGCUGCAGCUCGGGGAUGAAGUAUGGACAGUUUGUAGACUGGGAGAAGAUCGACCCUGAAGCUGCGAGAAAAUAUGAGCAGAUUCGGAAAAGCGAGCACCGGCAGCUAAAAAGCAUGGGCCGAGAUGGAUUCUGGGCCAUGCCGCACACGCUAAGAGCCAAAGCGUAUUAUCACAUCAUCCACAACAUCAACUCCAGGGCCGUCUCACCAGACAGAGACGUGUUUUAUGAGCUGGUCAAGAAGCUUUUUGGAGAGCAGAAACUCAGCACCCACCCAGUCCCAGAGUACAUGGAGGAUGGAGAAGUCCCAAGAUACUGUCUCAACAAAGCAGGCCUGAAUUCGGUUAAAAAGAUCCUUCUUUGCCUCGGCAACUAUUUCCCAGACAUGAGCUUCUGCCCCAUCCUCCCCGCCUUGGUCUCUCUCAUCCUUCACUUCAGCGAGGAUGAAGCCGAGUGUUUCUACAGUGUGUCUCGACUUAUUUGCUACAAAGACCCCAAUAAGCGGUACAUUGACCAGACCUUCCUAACGUACCGCGGCUCCUGCAUGACAUUCGGGGACCUUGCCAACCGGUGCUGCAGAGGCAUUCGUAAGCUGAUCGCCAGCUCUCACCAAAACCUUUUUGAGUUUUACUCUGACUGGAUCAUGUGGAUCUUUGCCGAUCUUCCCUUCACCUAUGCCAUAAGAGUACUGGAUGUGUACCUACUAGAGGGCUACAAGGUUCUCUACAGGGUAGCGUUGACCUUGCUCGAUCUCUACAAAGUGUCUGUGUCGUCUCGAGUGGCAGACGUGGAGGACUUCCGAACGGAUAUGAAGCGUUUCGUACAGAGCGUGGACCGCCACUGUACCAUUGAGACGCUUCUAGAAAGAGCCUUCCAGAUCCCCAUGGCUACACGGAGUGAGCUGAACCUCCUGUUCAACGCCAACAAGGACGCUCUGAUGGGAAAAGGUGUCAGCACACACCAGAAGAGGCAGACAGUGGAAACAGUGGACUUUGCAAACUUCAGGUCCGAUGUUGUUACAAGGACUGAGAUGAGAGUCAUCUGGGCCUGGAUCCCUGAGCGCGUUGCUCUGUUCAGUCCUGUUAGGUUGUUCAGUACAGCAGAACAUGGAAGAGGUCUUUCUUUGUUUUAUUCACAUGUUGAAGGACAUGAACCAGUGGUCAUCAUUAUCAAAACAAUGGAGGAAGAGGUGUUCGGCGUGUUCCUAUCAACAGACCUGAUAGAAACUAGAAAUCACGACUCUGAAGAGCUCAUGUAUUUUGGAACUGGGGAAUGUUUYGUUUUCACGCUCCGUCCCAACAUGGAGCGCUACCAGAGGGCGAUGGUCAACAUAAUGACCCGAAGAGGUUCCUCUCAGCAGGACCAUGCCAACAUCAAGAAAAGCGGAAACCCCGGUUCUGCUGGGACUGCACCGAAGCCCAGCUAUCUGACCAUCCCUUUUACGACACAGUCUGAUACUGCCAAAGAGCCCAAGAGACCCAAGGAGCAGGAAGCCUCAAAGUUUAUUGCGGGAGAUGACAGUCAGCUCAUUAUAGGUGGUGAUGGGGGUCACGCUCUGUUUCUGUAUGAGGACCUGGAAGAAGGAUACACCGAACACUGCGACACGUUCAGGAGCAACCCUCUUUGCAAGGGGCGUUUCCAGAUCCAGUCCCUUGAAGUCUGGGGUGUCCAGAGCUCAGUUUACUUAUCUCGCAGAUUUUCUUUGCAUUAGAACUUUGUGACUUGUUUCUAUUCAAACCUGAACCAGUUUUUGUUAAAGCUAUUUUUGUGAACUUGACUUGCAGAUAUUUAUUAUCGCCCAGCAUCAUGAAGGGGCAAUUGCUUGUGUCAUUUUUUUGUCUGUUUGCAAAACUAUAUAACACCACUGGACAAUUUUAAUGAAAUUCUCAGAAAGUAUCAGUUUGUUGUACAUCUACUACUGAUUAACUUUUGGAGUCAACUUGAUUCAAUAAUCUUUGAUAGCUGAAA